AUGUCUAAAAUCCUUCUUUAUCGUCGACCGGAUUAUCUUAAUCGGCCUGUUGGUCCAAUAAAUGCAACUGAUUGCGCUCGCUUCAUUGAAAGAGCUAAGAGUAGGAUUGUCAUCCAUAUAUAAAUUCUUACUUGCUAAUGCAUGCAGAAACGGAGAAUGCAAUUCCAGAGGAUCUGGCAUUCGAUAAAAUAAUCAACAGACAGACUUGCGUAGUAAGUACUCCGGGGAUGUUGAUAUGAAGCAAGUACACUUUCUUAACUCCUCACAAAGCCAUGUUCUCUGAACGAUUUCAUGGAUUACCUUGUCUACGUCGAACACAAUGCCGAGAACCUCCAGUUCUACUUGUGGUAUAAAGACUAUUGUACUAGAUUUUAUGCCCUGCCCCCGCACGAGAAGGCUCUUUCGCCGCCUUUUACUCAGCGCUCAUCUGAGGAGGAGAUUUUUAGAAAUGGGGUGGCAUUCACGAGAUUGAAAGAAAAGAAUUCAUAUGCUUCAAUGCGUGAUAAUGGACCACCUUUGAAUCGCGAAGCAGGCGAUACGAAGACGAUUGAUGAAUUUGGGAUGUUUUGUAGCCAGAUUCGGAGUCCCACUAAGUCGGAUUUCUCUUCUGUGCCUAGCGAUGCAGAUGUGACAGCUCAGGCUGGGUAUAACUGGCAACCUUGUUAGUGUCCCUCUCCCUCCUUUCUCAUUAGCGAAGAAGCAUUUACUGAUAACAAAUAGUCACCAUCCAGCCCAUGAGAGAAGAAAUCAACAGGAUCAUGCGCCACUACAUAGCCUUCACCGCACCUCGAGAGCUCAACCUCUCCCACAAAGACCGUGCUCUUUGCCUCCACGCCCUACAACACACAACUCAUCCCUCAGCCCUCGCUAACGUGGCAUGGGUAGCAAAAGCCGCCUUGAGAGGACAAUCCCACCCCAACUUCGUCCGCUGGAGCAUUUCCAAUGGCAAUAAACCACGGGUCUUCUUCGCCCGCUCGGUAGGCGUAAGCACCAUCUUCUUCGGCUUCCUAAUUGCAGUCCUCCUCGUGCUCUCCGCUCGAAGUCGAUGGUGGCGUAUCUUCGCGGGCGUCCUAUGGUAUCUGGCUUUCGUGACAAUGAUUUGUGCGUACAAGGGCCUUUGCAUUAUCCUCCACAUGUCGCACUCGAGGUGUUUGAAGCCCUGGGAACAGUCUUGUGAUGAGCAGGAGCUUUUGGAUGCUGAGACUGGCGGGGUGGGUUCUUCGGCUGCGGUGAUGCAGUCGAGGCGUCAGACGGGGGGUAUGGGGUAUGAAAGUAGCAAGACGGAGUCGUUCAAAGAAUCAGAUUAUGGGUGGAAGAGGACUUCGAGGAGUAGUUUUGGGACUUUCGGGCCGAAGAAUGAUGAGUGGGAGAAUGAGAGCUGGGUUGGACAGUAUGAGAGGAAGAAUUUGGUUAGGAGGGUAUUUGAUAGGAAUGUCCGGAUUAAAAAUGAGUCUUUAAAGUUGCUGCAGGAUAGAAUUGUUGUUGGGUCUUGUCUUUGGGCUGCGGUCGCUACUAUUCCGUUGACUGCUAUAUUUGUGUCGUUGCCGAAGGGUGGUUUUUAUUGA